AUGUCUGGGGACUGGCAACAUGGAGUCUGCGGAUGUUUCGACAACUGUGGCCUGUGCAUCAUAACCUACUUCUGCCCGUGUUACACGUUCGGCAAGAACGCGGAGGCUGUCGGUGACAGCUGCUGCUUGUGUUGCCUCUGUUAUCUCAUCCCGAUCGCGGAUAUCAUCGCCGUGAUUAGCGUUCGUGGGAAGAUUCGGAACGCUAGAGGAAUCAGUGGAUCGUGCAUCGGGGAUUUGUGUAUCCAUUUCUUUUGUCAUUUGUGUGCCCUGGUUCAAGAGGCUCAAGAAAUACAAGGGACGCUUCAUCGCGGUAUGGCUAUAGAGAGGGAAUAG